AUGUCUAUGAGCAACCAGCACGCUGGCGGCUCCGAUGAGGGCCCUGAGGCUCCGGACAUGUCGCUUUACGAGGAUGAGACCAGCAACGCCACUGGUGACGAGACGGUCGAGGCUGAGCUUGCUGCUCCCGAUGCUGAACUUGCUGUUCCCGAUGCUGAGCUUGCUACUCCUGAUGCUGAGACCAGUGACUCCGCCGACACGGAGGAUACCAACAUGGAAAAUGCUGCCCCUGCGCCCGAGGCUGAGGCCAGUGAUGAUACCGAGCUUUCCCUCAGCACCAUUGAGCUCAACUAUCCCGAGAUCUAUGCCGAAAUGAUGGCUCUCCAGGAUGCUCGGGACGAGUUCGACAUCGUACGCCAGGACCUUUCUGAUCGAGCCACUCGCAAUAGGGAGGAUCUGCUCAACCUCUUGCGCAUCCGUAGGCUAAAUGCUCACUUUGCGGAUAUCCUGGGCGGCGGUGGCGUCUACAAUGACCAGGAGAUUGUCAACCUUACCGACGACCCGUUGCUGGAUGCCGAGUUCGAACGCGUCAUGCAGGACAUCCGUGACAUGAGGCGCGACGUAGCCGUCUUGGCUGUCAGGCAUGCUACACUGGCUGAGUGGGCCAAGGAGAUUCGUGACAAGCAGAAGAACGCGCGCGCUCAAGAGCUGGCGAACCGCUGA